AUGGGUUGUCAUGGUAGCAAGGAAAAAAAAUCAAGGGCAGAAGUAACAAUACUGGGAAAACCCUUUGAAGAUAUAAAGAAGCACUACACAUUGGGGAAAGAAUUGGGUAGAGGGCAAUUUGGGAUUACGUAUCUGUGCACUGAGAAUUCCACCGGGCUCACUUAUGCUUGCAAAUCCAUUUUGAAGAGGAAACUUGUUUCCAAAGCUGACAAAGAAGACAUGAAGAGAGAGAUUCAUAUUAUGCAGCAUUUGUCAGGGCAACCCAACAUUGUAGAAUUCAAGGGUGCUUAUGAGGAUAGGUAUUCGGUGCACCUUGUGAUGGAACUCUGUGCUGGUGGAGAGCUCUUCGAUCGAAUCAUUGCUCAGGGUCACUAUUCAGAGAGUGCAGCUGCAUCUAUUUGCAGAGCCAUUGUUAAUGUUGUGCACAUUUGCCAUUUCAUGGGUGUCAUGCAUCGCGAUCUAAAGCCUGAGAAUUUCUUGCUUUCUAGCAAGGAUGAGGGAGCAACGAUCAAGGCAACUGAUUUUGGACUUUCUGUAUUCAUUGAAGAAGGGAAGGUUUACCGUGAUAUGGUGGGCAGUGCUUACUAUGUUGCUCCUGAGGUAUUGCGUCGUAGUUAUGGAAAGGAAAUAGAUAUUUGGAGUGCAGGCAUCAUGUUGUAUAUUCUCCUGAGUGGUGUACCACCUUUUUGGGCCGAAACUGAAAAGGGAAUAUUUAAUGCCAUAUUGGAAGGUGAAAUUGACUUUGUAAGUGAACCAUGGCCAUCAAUAUCAGACAGUGCUAAAGAUCUAGUCAGGAAAAUGCUAAUACAGGAUCCAAAGAAGCGGAUUACUUCUGCGCAAGUCCUUGAACACCCAUGGAUGAGAGAAGGCGGAGAGGCAUCUGAUAAACCGAUUGAUAGUGCAGUUUUAUCUAGAAUGAAACAAUUCAGGGCAAUGAAUAAGCUCAAGAAGCUUGCGUUGAAGGUUAUUGCUGAAAAUCUAUCAGAAGAGGAGAUUAAAGGUCUCAAAGCAAUGUUUGCAAAUAUGGACACUGACAAUAGUGGCACUAUCACCUAUGAAGAAUUGAAGACAGGCUUGGCUCGAAUCGGAUCGCGACUAUCUGAGGCUGAAGUGAAGCAACUCAUGGAAGCUGCUGAUGUUGAUGGAAAUGGGUCAAUUGACUAUAUUGAAUUCAUAUCAGCUACAAUGCAUAGGCACAGACUUGAACGGGAUGAACAUCUUUACAAAGCAUUCCAGUAUUUUGAUAAGGAUAACAGUGGCCAUAUUACUAGAGAUGAAUUGGAGACUGCUAUGACACAGCAUGGAAUGGGGGAUGAAGCAACAAUAAAGGAAAUAAUUUCUGAGGUGGAUACAGAUAAUGAUGGAAGAAUAAACUAUGAGGAGUUCUGUGCAAUGAUGAGAAGCGGAAUGCCACCAGGGACAACUACUUUAAAUCUACUGAAUGCAAUCAAUUUUACAAUCUCGUGUGAUUCAUCAUGAACGCCAAUUGGUUUAGUGACUUAACAUUGUUGGCUAGAAGCAUUAUCUCUGGGAAUGUGUAACGGGGCACUUCAUGGAUUCUUGAUUUCUUUCAAGUUCUUUGCAAUCCCAAUUUUCGUACAAAGUUGGUUUUGUGCUGGAGUGCUAAGAAUGGGUUGCAUGAAGAUUGUUC